AUGGCAUCCCUGGCGGGGUUGGCUUUGCACCAUAGGGGAAAGUGGCAGAGCCCCGUCCCUCUCUGGGGCCCGACGGUCUCCGAGGGGACUCUGCAGGUCUGCCGCCGCUCCAGGACUAGGGGGGCCAACUCAACGGCUGAUGCUAUUGCAGUAACUGCCCCCUCUGCCCCUGGGGAGGCGCGUGGGGCUCUUGUGGGAGCAACGCUGGCAGCUGAGGAGACCAAAGCAGCUGCCACCAAGAGACCCGAGGUGGCAGGCGAAGGGUCCCCGGCUGAGGCUGCUCCAGAGCUUUCAGGGUCUGGCACAGAGUCCGACAGCGACGAAUCCGUCCCAGAGCUCGAGGAGCAGGACUCCACACAGGCCACAACACAGCAGGCACAGCUCGCAGCAGCCGCCGAGAUAGAUGAAGAACCCGUCAGCAAAGCAAAACAGAGCCGGAGCGAAAAGAAGGCACGGAAGGCAAUGUCCAAGCUGGGCCUUCGCCAGGUCACGGGAGUAACCAGGGUCACCAUCCGGAAAUCUAAGAACAUCCUCUUCGUCAUCACAAAGCCAGACGUGUACAAGAGCCCCGCGUCAGACACCUACAUUGUCUUCGGGGAGGCCAAGAUCGAGGAUCUGUCCCAGCAAGCGCAGCUGGCAGCCGCUGAGAAGUUCAAGGUGCAAGGAGAAGCCGUGUCAAACAUCCAGGAGAACACACAGACGCCCACAGUGCAGGAGGAGAGCGAGGAGGAGGAGGUGGACGAAACCGGCGUGGAGGUGAAGGACAUUGAGCUCGUCAUGUCGCAGGCCAACGUGUCCCGGGCGAAGGCAGUGCGCGCCCUCAAGAACAACAGCAACGACAUCGUAAACGCCAUCAUGGAGUUGACGAUGUAGCCGUGGGAAGGGAGGAACCUUUUUGGUGUUUCAAAGCAGAGUCGAUCACAGCUAGAUUUAACCUUUGUACUAUUUCUGUCGAGGAAUAAACGUUGUGGCUUCUUGUUGGUGAAA